UCCCUGUUUGAAUGGCGUGUCUUUAACGUGAGAGUUGAGGACUUAACUUUCAGCACGAAAAUAUGAGAGCCCUUCAUUCAGUCCUGGUCCUGACCCUGCUGCUCUGUCUCCCCAGCGCUGGUCAUGGAGAAUCCUACUUUGGGGACAGCUCCUGCAGUUUACAAGUCUUCCAAGACGUCUCCACCUUCCACCUGUCACUGCAGAUAAAGACAAGUCGGCGAAGUGGGCUACUGCUGCUGGCUGCAGGAAUGGAGGACUAUCUGUUCCUUGAGCUCCAAAAUGGCAAAGUACAGGCACGAAUGAAUUUAGGAGCUGGUGAGGUAACACUGUCCUCAUCCCAGGGAGUACAACUGAACAACCUCCUGGACCACAAAAUCUCCCUGGCAUUGCAAGAUGACAAGCUCACCAUGAUAAUUGAUGAGCUCUUUCCAACAUAUGUUCCCGUGGAUGAUGAUGGAGAACAGCUUAACAUUGACCUGGGCAUUUGGCUUGGAGGAACAGGAGAAUUGUCUGCUCCCUACCUCAGCAAUGCCAUCCCCCCUUUCCGUGGGUGUAUGACUGAGGUUAAAUUUGAGUCACAUCAGUUUGAUAUUCUCAGCACAGCAUAUAAACAAUGUCAUGACACAAAAGAAUCCUGCAGCAGUGAGUUUGAGGCUGGUGAUGGUGAGGCAACUAGUUUCAGCACUCCUGAUUCCUUUGUUUCCUUUCCCACCUGGAGUGGUGCUAGUGGUGCUCCAAGGGUCUUGGAAUUCCUCAUGAAAACUACCAUUGAGGAUGCAUUGCUUGUAUUCCACCCUGGAAGAGAUUCAGACUUUAUUGCUAUUGGUGUCAUGAAAGGCUAUCUCAAAGGUGCCCUGGACCUCGGUAAUGGCUUGGAGGUACUGGAGAAUACCUGGGUGCAGCUGGAUGAUGAUCAGUGGCAUAGAGUCAAGGUUCAAAUCAGUCAGCAUUCUUUUGUUAUUAAUGUGGAUAGCAAGCCUUCCUACCUCCAUUUCAACUCAUCGCAAAACCUCGACUUAGUUGGAAAUCUGUAUUUAGGAGGCAUCCACGGUAAAAUGAAGGAUGUUUUCCGUGAAAGCGGGUCCUUGAGUCGUGUAGAGGACGAAAUGACGGCUGAAUCCUUCAUCGGUUGUUUAGGGGAAAUCAAAGUGAAUCAGAAGGACCGAAGCCUCCAGGAUGCUUUGGUGACCAAGGAUGUUCACGUUAAAUGUGAAGGAGAGGACUAUGACUACUCAAGUUAUUAUGAUGCCGACACAACUACCACUUCUCCCCCUGUACACAUAUACACAUAUGCCGAUCUGGACUUGAAUGACCAACAUUGCUACCCAACAGAUGAAACGCCGGACAUAUUCAAAAACGUUACAAAACUUCUGAAUGUCACACCAUUGCUUGUGCCGGAAGGUGGGGAAGCAUUUCUUGAUAUCAAUAACUUAAGCCCAACGUUUGACCUCAGUGCUGCAGGAAUGCGGGAGUCACAGAUUAUCUUUACUCUCCUGAAUGAUCCUUUGUAUGGCCUCGUUGAUGUGAACGUCAACCUAAAACGCACGCAAAAGUUCACUCUUCUGGAUGUUAUUAAUAAAAAGAUUAAGUACAUGCAUGAUGGAAAUGAAAGGCACGCAGAUCAAAUCCAACUCGAGGUGGUUGCUCACAGUAAUGGUAAUCUUCCAGAAUGUCUAAAGACGGCCCAUGAUUAUAUCCUUCCAAUUGAAAUCCUUCCUGUCAAUGAUAUACCACAACUUAGUGGAGAAGAAAUUAUCAUCACAGAAAACGGCAGGACUCGACUGAGCUCCAGUAUUAUCAAAAUCAUGGAUUCUGACACCCGUUGUGAUGACUUGGUAGUAACUGUAACCUCAGAGCCGUCCAUGGACGUUGGUUACUUAGAAAAUGGUCAACAGCCGGGAAGAAGCAUCUCCGAAUUCACUUGCAGGGAGUUGAAAGAUGGAAAUAUAUAUUUUGUACAUAGAGGGGGUAUUGCUGCCGGCAUUACCCUGGAAGUGUCUGAUGGAGAGUCAGUAAGCCAUUCAACUACUUUGAAGAUGUCCGUCACCCAGCCACAUAUGACGCUUGUCACGAACACAGGCCUUCUCUUAACUCAAGGCAGCAACUCGUCCAUAGAUCUUCAAAAUCUAGCUGUUCUUGCUCAUCCGCGUAAUGGAGCUAUUCUAUAUAACGUCACACAGUCAUUAUUAUUUGGUGAACUACAGAUUAGAGCAAAUGAUGGGACGUACACGCAGGUUACGUCUUUCCAUCAAUCUGACCUCGAGCAAAAUCGCCUCUUCUAUGUCAGCACAGACUCAAGCGACCAGGAAGAUAUUGUUGUGGAGCGCAUUCAGUUCAACACCCACCUGGGGUUGUUCGCAAUUUGGAACAACACCUUCUUAAUAAAGAUCAGUCCUGCACCAGUCAAAGUUUCAACCCUGGUUCCUUUGGAGAUGGAGGCUGGGGAGGAGCGAACAAUUGGACUUACAGAGAUUCAGGCUGAAGUCAAAGGCAAAAACCCAGAUCCGCUACACGUAAAAUACAUCCUUGUCAAACCACCAACGUUGGGUAGUCUCCUCUUGUUAGACAAAGAACUAUAUGAGGGUGAUAUCUUCACCCAAAAGGACAUUUUGGACAAUACUGUUAGCUUCAAGGUUCGAGUGCAAAGCGCUGUGGAUAGUAUUGACCAGUUUCAGUUCAGGCUCUUCUUUGAGAAUCAGUACUCUCCUGUGUACACCUUCCCAAUUAAUAUCCUUGCCAAUGCAGAUGCUCCUGUUUUGACCAAUGAGGGACUAGUUGUCCUCCAGGGUGGUGAGCAAACUCUGAACAGCAAUUACCUUUGGAUGCAGUCGCCAACUUCAACAGAUUUUCUUUACCGGGUCACACAGGGGCCAAAAUAUGGUCGACUGAUGAGGGACUCACCUCCUGGUCAGCCUAGAUUUGAGGGGGCAAUUAGAGUUUUCAGUAAUGAAGACCUGGAUCUUGGCAGGCUUGUUUACAAACAUGAUGGUUACAAGACAGACAGUGACGAGUUCCAUUUCUCAGCCUUUGAUCAAUCAGCAGAAGGUUCAGACACACAGGAAAUGGCAAAUGGUGUCUUUAGAAUAUCAAUCCAGUCCAAGAACGAUCAUGCUCCUGUGAGGAUUGUGGAAAAAGUCUUCAACGUUGUCCGCCACGGUCAGCGCCUACUAACAACUGAUGUCAUCCAGUUUAAAGACGAUGACUCGGGUUUCAAUGACACCCAAAUUGUCUACGCUCGGGAAGGAAUUCUCUCAGGCAAUAUUGUCUCAACGUCUAAUCCAUCACAGCCUCUCUUCCGUUUUACGCAAGCUGACCUGCGAGACAAGAAAGUCCUUUUCAUUCACCACGGAGCAGAUAAGGAGCGUUUCUCACUCCAGGUCUCAGAUGGUUUCCACAAAACCACGGCACUGCUUCAGAUCCAGGCCGGUGAGCCCUACUUAAGAUUGGUGAGCAACACAAUCGUUGUCAUCGACCAUGGAAGCACUAAGACUCUCAACACAACAGUUUUGAGCGCCGACACCAACAUGGACAUCAGGGAUGAAAGUGAGAUCAAGUUCCAGAUUACAUCCCCACCUAGUGAUGGCAAGAUUAUUGUGAGUGGGAUUGAGGCUUCUACAUUCUCCCAGAAGGACCUCAAAAAAGGUGUUGUGUCGUAUGAGCACAAUUAUGAGAGCCUGAGGUCCAAGGACUCGUUUGGCUUCACUGUCCAAGCCCAUGGAUAUCAUGAAGAAGGCACAUUCAGGAUUAAAAUAUUCAAGCAAGGCUACCUCUCUGAGCCUGAGGUGAUGACCAAUGAGGUCCUAAUUUCCUAUGAGGGAGAACAUACCAUCAUCAGCCAGGAUCAACUUAAGGUGGAGCAAGCCGAUAUUCUGCCCACAGAAAUGGUGUUCACCAUUAAACAGCCCCCACAGCUCGGUCACGUGGUCAAGCUGACAAACAGUUCGGACAGCAUGGCCUCACCUGUCCUCGACUACAUUAACACCUUCAGUCAAGAGGACAUUGACCAGGGACACAUCCUCUAUGUGUCUGCGUCCGUUCAGGGCAGUGAUGCCUUCACGGUGGACGUCAGCAAUGGUUUUACCACGGUGGAGGACUUGCAGAUCUCGGUGAACAUUGUCCCCCAGCUCAUCCCCGUCCAGACCUUCAAUUUAACUGUGAAGGAAGGCCUCAGCAGAGCAAUUAAUGCUGAGACUAUAAACAUCUCACAUCCCUUCUACAGCUCAGCAAACAUAGACUUUUUCGUGGAGGAGCCCCCGGAGCACGGAGACAUCCGCUACCUCGAUGGAGACGUACUCUCCUACUUUACCUGGGAAGAGGUGAAACUUGGAAACAUCUACUACAUGCAUGACAGCACUGAGAGCACCGAGGACAGCUUUACACUCUCUGCCUCGGCUUAUGAGAUUGAGCGUCGCAGCCUCCCUCUCACCAUCUCGGUGACUGUCAUACCAGUCAACGACGAGCCGCCAAAACUGACACGUAACACGGGCCUGGAGGUUCUUGCUGGGGAGGAAGCCGAUAUCACCUCCAGCAUGCUGAACACUGAGGACGCUGACACUCCAGCCGAGGAGCUGGUUUACAACGUAGAGGCGCCGACCAGUGGGAUGGUGGCGUUGAAGGAGGCACCGGAGGAGAGCGCCCUGAAUUUUACACAGGCUCACAUAAACAACGGGGAGGUCGUCUUCAUUCACGAGGGUGAGGAGUCUGGUGGUUUCAGUUUCACUGUGACAGAUGGAGAGCACACGUCUCCUCUCUACCAAUUUGUCAUCACAGCCAGGCCUCUCACCAUCACCAUGGUAACGCAGGAGGAGCUCAUGGUAUUUCCAGGAGCACGGCAGCCCAUCACAAGUGCCAACCUGGGGGCUGUAACCAGCGAGGAUGGAAACGAGAUCAGCUACUCACUUAUCCGCCCACCUCGUUUGGGAAGACUCAUCUUGGCCAAUGACAGGAACCAGUAUGAGGAAAUUACACGCUUCUCACAAACACAGUUGGAGUCAGGAGCCAUCUAUUAUGAGCACCAGAUGCCCGAUGAGCCUUUCUGGGUGGUGAGAGACUCGGUAGAGCUCGCGCUGUCUUCCCAACCAGCUCCAGAUGUCCGUCACAUUCUGCCCAUCACCAUCUCUUACUAUGCUGCUCACAGCAACGUCUCCUCACAGCUGUGGAACAACAAAGGUCUGGAAAUUGUCCAGGGCCAGAGGAAAACCAUUGAUGAUACAAUCCUUGAUGCCUCCAACCUUCUGGCUAGCUUACGUGAGGCUGACCAAGAUGACGUGGAUGUAGUUUUUGAGAUUAAGCGCUUGCCCGUCCGUGGUCGUAUAACCCUGGGGGGUCAGGACCUGCCUCGUGAUGCGCCGACCUUCAUGCAGGAGGAUGUGAAUCAAGGAAAGCUGGAAUAUCUCCAUGAUGACUCGAGGGCCUCUUUUGACAGCUUCUCUUUUAGGGCCCGUCUUAAGUCUGAGAGCCAUGAUGUGGCCUCACCUGCCGAUGCUGUGGUCUUGGAGGAGAUGUUUAACAUCUCAAUCAAACAACGAGGCUCUGAUCCCCCUGAACUUGUUACUACAGACAUGCUUUUGGAGGUGCUUCAGGGCUCCAUGACUAUCUUGACCAAGAAGCAUCUCAACACUCAAGAUGAGGACAGUCCACCAGAUGAGGUUCACUUCAAGGUGACAAAAGCCCCUGGCAAUGGACGACUGGUCGACUCAAACACGAGAGGCCCUAUCACUGGUUUCACACAAGAGAUGAUCAACCGUGGGCAAGUGGGCUUUUACAGUGAUGGAAGCCUUGUAGACGGCUUUGUGGAAUUCAUCGUGUCAGAUGGAGAACACCAAACAGAGCCACACACGCUCCACAUCAGUGUCCUGGCUCGCACCUUGUUUCUCAACAAAGCUCCGGAGAUCAAGGUGAAACAAGGUGAUGAUGAGACACUUGUGACUGAAGAAAUGCUGCAGGUCACUACUGGGGGUGCGGUGGAGGAAGACAUCCUUUACAAAAUCACAAGUGUUCCUAAGUAUGCGGCUGUCAUGGUGGACCGGCAACCCACUUCAGCCUUCACCCAGAAACAGAUCAAGGAAGGCAGAGUGAGUGUCCGCUUUGUGAAGUCCACGUCACCUCGAGAUAGUGUCGCGUUUGUGGCCCGCAGUCGUGCUGCUAAUGUCUCCUCUGUUCUCAACAUCACAGUGCAGCCACUGGCUAACAUUGCUCAGGAUCCUCUCUUACCCCAAGGUACCCUUGUCCAGCUGGACAGGAAGCUUCUGGAUGCAUCUCCACUGGCAAACAAGACCAGAGCAUCCCCCACUUUCACUGUCAUCCAACAGCCACGAGGAGCUCGUUUUGUUAGGUCUGGAGGUGCCGGUGAAGGUCAGCCAGUGGACACGUUCAGCCACAGGGACUUGGACGAAGGCCAUGUAGCCAUGGAAAUCCUAAAUCGCUCCUCUGGUUCACAAGAUGGUGUCAGUCAGGAUGAAGCCCGCUUUCUGCUCAAAGCCCAUGGGGUGCCUCCUGCCGAAUGUGUGCUGUUCUUUCAGACAGGCCCCUAUAAUGCCUCUGGUGUCUACCCUGUCACUCUGCUGAGGAUUCCCUCAGGAGACCCAGUCGCCACUCCAGCCAGCCCUCACUGGAAAAGCAACAUGGACUGGCCCCAUGGAGAUGCCGCCACUACAGCAUCUUCUGGCACAAACUCCCAUGGGAAACCGCAUGUCUCUCGACGCAGCAACAUCUGGUCUAUUCUCAUCCCCAUCCUCGUAGUUCUCCUCCUCUUGCUGCUGGCAGCCGUCUUGGCCUACUACCUGAUCCGUAAAAACAAGACAGGCAAGCAUGAUGUCCAGACAGCGGCUUCGAAGCCCAAAAACGGAGAAGUGGCCAGCGCCGAAACCUUUCGCAAGACUGACCCAGCCAAUAAUAUCCCUAUGUCCAACAUGGACUCCAAAGAAACAGACCCGGAGUUGUUGCAGCACUGUCGGACAACAAACCCGGCCCUAAAAAAGAACCAGUACUGGGUCUGAGACACUUUGAGAUACAAAAGCACACAUUGAGGUGGAUCCUCAAGUGUUUGGAAGCCUUCUCAAAUCAUUCCUUUCAGUAUUAUAGACCUCUUGCCACAGCAGUUUAAAUGAAAAUAGUUUUUGAUGGCCAUUGUUUACUUCACUAAACACAACUGUGGACAAAUUCUCAGGCAAUGAAACACUGAAUACUUAUUGGCAAAGAAAGAAGCUGUUUCUUAUCCUAGAAGGUUCCUGCCAUGUCUAUUUAUUUUUGUUUUAUCAUUCCUCUUUGUCAAAGAGCAUGGACGAAGACAUAAACAUGCCAAGUGUUUGCAAAACAUAUUUUUUGAGUGUUGACUCUGUCCUUGUAUUCGAUAUGAUAUCCUAAAGCAGUAUUAUUCGUCAGAGUGGGUACGCGUAGGUAAUUUACAGUGUUGGUAUUAGUUUGAUUUUCCGUUAGUGGUUCAUCGCAGAAGUUAAUGUACAUAAAGUGCAUGAUGAGGUGAAUAGGUCGCUCCAUUGUGAAGAAGAUCAUCACAAACUGCUCUCGUUGUUUUUUCUUCAUUUUUAAUACGUUAAGGUUACUGUUGUAUGUUUCUUCUCAGGGCUAAGUUCAGUUUAAAGAAAGUUUGGUCAUUUAAUUUUGGCAAA